AUGGAAAACAACAAACAAAUGUACAAUAAAACUCCAGAACUACUUAGUUACUUACCUGGAUGUCUUAACAAACUUCAAGAGAAAGUUAAUCGAGGACGGACACCAUCGCCACCAUCGAUCAACUCUGUACAUAAUCAACAAGAAACUGAUUAUAAUGCAUUGGACGAAAUGAAACAUAUCCAUCAACUAAUUAAAGAUAAUGGACACCAAGGUGAUUAUGGAAUUCAAAUUAAAUUUGGUGACUUAAUACCGAUCUAUGGAGCUGCUCAAAUCGAUAAAUUAACUGAAAUCUUAGCAAUUACACGUAAAAAUGGUUAUAUUAAUUACACUCUUAAUGAUUUCUUACGACAAGGUCGAGAUGAAGAUAUUUAUAUUAGAUUAAUUAAAAAACACCAGUUUAAUCGUUGA